AUGGCUCAUGUGAAAGUAGAUGCUACAAGUUUUACAGAGGUGGACAUCGAUGAUGGAAAAGACUGGGAUUUUGUUGACAUAAAUGAAGAAGCAGGACUUGACCUGGUAGAGGGAGACAUAGUGGAUAAAAAGGGAGAUGGCAAGAACAGUAUUCUGGGUGAGGAGUAUCGCUGGCCGACCACCGUCCCUUACUAUCUGGAGGACAGCUUGGAGAUCAAUGCUAAAGGAGUGAUACUAAAAGCAUUCGAGCAAUACCGACUCAAGACUUGCAUCGACUUCAAACCCUGGAGUGGCGAGCCAAACUACAUCUCUGUAUUCAAAGGUUCUGGGUGUUUUUCCUCUGUGGGAAAUCGUCAUGUAGGGAAGCAAAGGCUAUCGAUCGGCAACAACUGCGAUCGCCUCGCGACUGUAGAGCACGAGUUCCUGCAUGCGCUGGGUUUCUGGCACGAGCAAUCGAGAGCGGACCGAGAUGAUUACGUCAACAUCAUGUGGGAUCAAAUUGAAGCUGGCAAAGAGCACAACUUCAACACCUAUGACGACACAGUCUCCAGUGCUCUGGGCUUUCCUUACGACUACACCUCUGUUAUGCACUACAGUAAGACUGCCUUUAACAAGGACACCAAACCGACCAUCGUCACCAAGAUUCCAGAGUUCAUGGACAUAAUUGGCCAGCGCAUGGAGUUCAGUUCCAGUGAUGUGCGCAAGCUAAACAGGCUGUAUAACUGCACCACAUCCUCUACCUUCAUGGAUUCCUGUAGCUUUGAGCAGCCUAAUAUCUGUGGUAUGAUCCAAGGAAUGGAUGCAAAGGCAAAGUGGAUGCGUGUGAAGAGCGUGGACGGAGGUGCAAACACCGACUACACUAGCAUGGGCCAGUGCAAUGGUAUCGGUUACUUUAUGCAUUUCAGCACAGCCACAGGAAACCCUGGAGAUAAUGCUAACUUGGAAAGUCGACUCUUUUAUCCUAAAAGAGGACGUCAAUGCCUGCAGUUCUACAUGUACAACAGCGGGGCUGCUGAUGACCAGCUAAACAUAUGGGUUCAUGAAUAUAACAAUGAAUUCCCUAAUGGAGCGCUGAGACUUAUUCAGAGAUUCAGCGGAGGCCGGAGAAACUCCUGGGAGCUUUACCAUGUGACUUUAGACGCGCCUCAGAAGUUCCGUGUAGUGUUUGAAGGGGUGAAGGGCAAGGGAGUAUCCAAAGGAGGUCUAUCUCUGGAUGACAUCAACCUAUCAGAGACACAAUGCCCUCACCAUACAUGGCACAUCCAGAACUUCAACAACCUCCUUGCCACUACACCUGUUGGUGAAAAGAUCUACAGCCCCACUUUCUUAUCUCCUGAUGGCUACUCUUUCCAAAUUGGUCUGUAUGUCAAUGGGAAAUCCAGCAGUUCUAGCAAUAUGGCCAUGUACUUGCACUUGACUUCUGGUCCCAACGACAGCCAACUGAAAUGGCCAUGUCCAUGGAGACAGGCUACAAUAGCACUGAUGGACCAGCACCCAAACAUUCAGCAGCGCAUGGAUAACCAAAGAAUGAUCACCACUGACCCCAGCAAGUCCUCCACUGACUCUCAGGGCAACGUGGAAUAUUUCUGGGACGAUCCACGGAAAGUGGGAAGUCUGGUAAAAAAUCCAGACGGAACCUCAUACUACAGAGGACCGGGUACUGGUACCACCUCGUUCAUCACACACAGCCGUCUGAGGAGUCGGGAUUUCAUUAAAGGAAAUGAUGCCAUCUUCCUCCUUAGUCUAGAAGAUGUGAGUGGACUUUUGGAGAUUCAGCCUGUGCCUCAACCUGCUGCCUAUGCUGAGCAGAAAAGCUCUUCAAACGGUGCAUCCAUCGUAAACUCUACAGCAGUGGUGUUUUUCGCUUUUGUGGCCGUUCUUACGUUGUUGCUUGCAGUUGCGAGUGUGGUGUAUGGGGUGAAGAGACCCCGAAGGAGUGAAGCAACAGAUACUGAGGGAGGGACUGUUUCCGAGUGA